CAUCUCUUGGGGUCUUUAGCUUUGCUAAAUAUUGCAAAGAUGAUGGCCAAGAUCAGCUACGUCUUUCUGGUCCUGCUCAUCUUUGUCGAGAGCUCGACACAACAGGUUUUUAAUGGAGGUUCCGUCUAUUGCUUGCCGGGGACUCGCUGCGAAUGGCAAAAUAUAGCGUGCCCAAAAGAAUGCCCAAGCCCUUACUCCAUGAGCAAGAAGGACAAAGCUUGUUAUGUGGACUGCAAUUCGCCCACUUGCUCUUCCCAUUGCAGACAACGCAAGCCGAACUGCAAUGGCAUCGGAUCAGCAUGCUAUGACCCUCGUUUCAUUGGUGGCGAUGGCGUUGUCUUCUACUUCCACGGCAAGAAAGACCAAACUUUCAGUCUAGUUUCGGACAUCAAUCUCCAACUCAAUGCCCGCUUCAUUGGCCACAGACCAAGCGGCCGCUCCCGAGACAACACGUGGAUUCAAGCACUCGGAAUCCUCUUCAACUCCCAGUCCUUUUCCCUGGAGGCAACGAAAGCUGAGGCGUGGGAUGAUGAAGUUGACCAUCUCAAUUUCAAUUACAAUGGCAAGGAAAUAGAGCUAACCCAAAGCCCUAUGUCUACAUGGUACUCCGAGGCUAGGGACAUAAAGGUCGAGAGAAUUGCGAGCAAGAACAGCGUGAUAGUGACUCUGAAAGACAUGGCCGAGAUCAUGGUGAAUGUGGUUCCGAUCACGAAAGAAGAUGACAGGAUUCAUAAGUACAUGUUGCCUUCGAAUGACUGCUUCUCUCAUUUGGAAGUGCAGUUCAAGUUCCUGGGCCUGUCCCCGAAGGUUGAAGGCGUGCUUGGCCAGACCUACCAGCCUGAUUUCGUGAACCCGGCGAAGUCCGGCGUCGCAAUGCCGGUUGUGGGCGGCGAAGACAAGUAUAGGACCAGCUCACUUCUUGCUCCGGAUUGCAAGCUUUGCAUUUUCUCUCCAGGAAGUGAAAAUGCGAACCAAGAGAGCGCAUCAUCGAGCGGGCAGUCCGGCACAUUGGAUUGCAUUCACGGAUUUGCCGCUGGCUCUGGCUAUGGCAUUGUUUGCAAGAAAUGAGUAUGUCACUCAUCUCCAUCACGAUGGAUAAUGGCAGACGCUUCUGCUUCGCCAGUUACGUGUGUUAAAUAAGUGAACAAUAAUGAUGUCGCACCUCUUCGUUCACAUUGUUCUGCUUUGUCUG